AUGCCUCUCAUUUACAGCUUCGUGGCUCGCGGGCCUACCGUGCUCGCCGAUUACACGCCUCAUGGCCUGCACGGCAAUUUCAGCACUGUGGCCGUGGAGUGUCUGCAAAACGUGCGGAAUCCCGAGACCAAGUUCACCAUCAACUGCGACAGACACACAUUCAAUUUCCUCAACGACGAUGACUUCACCUUCCUGGUGGUUGCCGACGAGGGCUACGGCCGCCAGAUCCCCUUCGUGUUCCUGGACCGCGUCGCGGAGGAGUUUCGGUCCAAAUUCGGCGCGAAGGCGCGGGGAGCCGCGGCGGGCAGCCUCGAAAAGCAGUUCGGGCCGCGAUUGAAGCACCACAUGGAGUACUGCGAAGCUCAUCCGGAGGAAAUUUCAAAGGUUGCAGCCGUGCAGAGGAAGGUGGACGAGGUGAAGAACAUAAUGGUCGAGAACAUUGAGAAAGUGCUGGAACGUGGAGAGAAAAUUGAGCUGCUUGUGGACAAGACUGACGACCUCCGCUUCCAGGCUGAGAAGUUCCACAAGACUGGAAAGCACCUGCGGAGCAAAAUGUGGUGGCAGAACUUCAAGAUGAAGAUCAUGCUUUGCAUCAUAAUCAUGGUAGUAAUCCUGAUCAUCGUGUUGCUCAUUUGCUUCCCUGGGGGAGCGUGCAAAAAGUAA